ACAAAAUGACACGAAUGAACAAUUUUUGAGAAUUUAAAUUUCUCGAUGUCGACAACUCAGCAGGGCUCUUGAUUCUUGCAGUCGAUAAAAUUACUGUCGGCUUUAUCUUUGUAAAAAAAAAAGAAAAAAAAUUCAAAAUUUAAGUUUUCAAAAAUUGAGAAAAUCAGGAAAAUGUAAUUAGCUAAGAGGUGAUUAAUUAAAAUCGUAAGAACCUCAUUUCAAGAAUUUUUUAAAUCUAAAAUUAAAUUAUACAAUCAAAUACUUUGCGUUAAUAUUCUAUGAACAUUUUUAAAAUUAUAUAUCGAAAUACGCCUUUGUCUAAGUUUAAGUAAUUGUUUAAUUUUCAUUGUUUAAAUUAAAUUUUGUACAUUGUUACUACAUACAUAAUACAUGUAUAAAUAAUUUUGAAUUACCAUAAGCGCUCUCUGCGCAGAUCCGUGGACAGUGGCGCGCAUCAGCUUCUCCGUGUUUAUGACACUUUACUCCGAGGUUAUAUCGUAAAUAUGGCGCUCGCCAUUACUUGAGACUUGAGACGCGAGACGCGAACAUCGACGACGCGACCCCGGGAUCCGCCGUGUUCCACAACGUCGCGGACUAUCCCGUCGGCUUCCAGAGCGGGAGGGAGGGCGGCCAAAAAAUGCCGUCAGGUCACUGCCGACGUCGCGCAUCAUCCACGUCGCAAUUCUGCUCGAUUUGAGAUAAAGCGCGACGCGACGCGCGACGCAAACGCGCCGUGAUGAAGUCCGUGUACAAGUUGUUCUUGCUGUGCCUUAUCCUCGCCGCGCUGAUAAUACUGCUCAACGUGACCACCAAUUUCCCCAACAAGCUCAACGACCAGCCGCCCGCGAGCCGGGAGCGCCUGGCGCUCUCGAAGAGGUACCCAGGUAGCCCGACGAGCGAGGUGACGAUAUGCGUGGUGGUGUGCGGGGACAGGCUGCACGAGGCCCUGACCAUGCUGAAGUCGGCGCUGGUCUUCGCCAGCAGGCCCCUGCAGUUCGUCAUACUGGCGGAGCAGAAUCUGAUACCGGCCUUCAGCGAGAAGCUGUCGGAGUGGCGGCUGAUAUCCAAUAAGACCUUCGACUUCCUGGUGCGGCCCAUCACCUUCCCGGACGGUAGCGACGUGGCGAUGUGGAAGAAGCUGUUCAAGCCCUGCGCGGCGCAACGUCUGUUUCUACCGACCGUGCUAAACGACACGGACGCGGUGCUCUACGUGGAUACGGACACCCUGUUCCUGGCACCGCCGGAGAAGGUCUGGGACGAGUUCAAGAAGAUGAACUCCAGCCAGCUGGCGGCCCUCAGUCCCGAGCACGAGGAUCCCAACACCGGCUGGUACAAUCGAUUCGCCAAGCAUCCGUAUUACGGCAAGCUGGGCGUCAAUUCGGGGGUGAUGCUGAUGAAUCUGACGAGAAUGAGGGAGUUCCAUUGGACGGACUACGUGAUCCCCAUCCACAGGGAGUACAGACUGAAGAUAACCUGGGGCGAUCAGGACAUCAUCAACAUAAUAUUCCACUAUCACCCGGAGAAGCUGUACGUGUACUCGUGCCGGUACAACUACCGGCCAGACCACUGCAUGUACAUGUCGGUGUGCGCGGAGGCGGAGAGGGAGGGCGCCCUGGUGCUGCACGGCUCCCGCGGCACGUUCCACUCGCAGAAGCAGCCGCCCUUCAAGGCCGUGUACCGCGCCAUGCAGGAGUAUCAGCUGAACACGGACCCGUACGACGAGCUGCUCGUGCCGAUGAGGAGCUACCUGGCGAUGGAGGACAAGUCCAACUGCGGCCGCGUCUCGAAGGUGUUCAUCAUCCAGCCGGAGCUGCAUCUAGCCGCUCGUAACUUCUAAAACCUUCCACUCGUUUCGUAAGAAAAAAAAAAACGAAAUUACGUACUCGCGCGCGAGCUUUUUGUCUUUGUAUCCGUUUACAAAACCUUUUUAGACGCUCGUUUCGCGUUAAUCGAUAUGGAUGUUGUAUACAACUAUAUUGAAGCAAUAACGAAUAGAGUGUAAGCAUUCGUAUAUACGCGUAUUCGCGAAGUUACUUUCGGCCGUGAAAUACGUAAAUAUUAUCUGCGCUCUUCCCGUCUCGGAAAUUCUCAAGAGAGAGAUUUUAGACCCUAAAAAUACUUAACUACAUAAAUACUUAUAUGUAUACAUACUUACGUACGUGUCUUAACACAUUAUGGACUGGCGAUUACUUAAAGAAACUAACGAUAAAGGAGCCAUCGCGAUACACAUGAGCAUCCUGCUGCGUUAUAAGCAUCUUUACCGAGAUUAUUUUACUUUUCUUGACGACGAUUGUUUACGCGAUACGUAAGACAAACGGGAUGUGCAAAUUACGUCAAACGUCACUCGAUUAUCCGUGUCUGUUCGCGGGGAAACCGCGAACACACGCGGGCCCGUCCACAGUGUGUUAAGUCUAAAGAGUCCUAGACUCGAGAUCCGCGAGCGUGAUUCACGCGCGCAAAUUUUAGAGAGUAUAAACGCGUGUUAUAAUUCCAAGCGAUUUCAUAUAGACUGAACUUUUUCUAUAGUGCAUUUGAGUUUUUUUGUUAACAAGUGCGCUAUGUUGUUACUGUUUGUACGAGGUGCGAUGCGGGGAAUAUGUUGUUAUGCAUUUUGUAUCCAAUACCUUUGGAUUUGGACAAUACUCGAGCGGUGCUGGGCGAUCGGCGCUUCUUAUCUUCGAAGGACUUUGGCCCUUAGGCAAGACACUGUGUUAUCUCUCUCGCGAUGUCGGUGUAGUGUACAUACAUACAUAACGAGAGCUAUCGUCUUUUUUUUUGUAUUCGAGGCUUUCAAGGUAUACUAAAAAUGAUAGAUCAAAAUCUUGAAAGAAGAAAUCGGUCCAUUGUUAAUAACGUUUUGGUUCCAUUGUUUUUUUUUUAGACGGGCCCUAAACGUGCAAUCUAUCGGAGAUAAGUUCUGAUCGCGAGACGCGGGACUACUUUGAAAGUGACUCACCUCACGUCUGAUUUUACGAGUCUCUAAAAAAUGGAAAAUGAUCUGCCUUCUUUUUUAUACGAAAAAUAUAGUAUUGGACUGUAUUAUUUUCAAAAUAAGCGUCUCGGUAUUUUAACGGGACAUUAAUUGAUAAUUGGUAAUUGGUAAGUAUAAUGAGUAUAUGAAUUGUAGUAUUACAUGCGUAUAAUGAAUUGAAUUCCGGCGAGAGUGUUCACGUUUUUACAGGAUUUUUCUCACGAUUUUUUAUACGAUACGGUUUUGUACGAUACGCAUUUUGCAUCGUUCAACGACCCGGCGACACGAUGCCAUUUGUGAUACUUUUCCUAUAGGUAUUGUAUAAUAAAGCUUAAAUAAAAGAUCUAUAAAUAUA